GACCAAGCUCCACACAGCGCUCCCUGGAGAGUCAGCUCAUGAGCACCAAGAGCAGCGACUCCAGCCGCGACUUCAGACUGAAAGAGAUGGAGGGCAGGAUGAGGGCGAUGGAGAAGGAGAACGAGAUGCUCCGACAGAAGCUGGCGGGGCAGGCGAGCAGCUCCACCCUGCACGUGAAGACGGAAGAGUUAUCCCGUCAGUACAAAGACCAGCUGAGCGCCAUGAGAGACGAGAAGGACCAGGAGAUCCAGAGGCUGCGGGUGAGAAGACAACGACUAACAAGAGACUGCUUUAGAUAUCCCUGA